CAAGCUGCGCGAAUUUCUACUUCUCUAUUGGACCUGCUGUGCCUUGCUGGAAGGCACACGCUUGAUUUGGGCCGUUGCUGCUUAGAUCCGUCCACCUUUGCGCCUCGUCUUCCAGCGCUCAAUCUCCCAUUUCCAUCCCCUCCCUGCUCUGUGUAAGCAUAGAUUCAAGGAGGAAAAAAAUGACCAACGGGGUGCAUGCUCUCGGUGACAAGGUGGAGGCCGGGCUUGUGGAGAAGGUAGUAGAGAGUGGGACCACUGUUGCGAAGGCCCCUGUCAAAGAGUUGAAAGUCGUCUUUGUGCUUGGUGGACCAGGCAGUGGGAAAGGCACGCAGUGUGCCAAGAUUGUGGAUACUUAUGGUUUUGAACACCUAAGUGCGGGUGAUUUGUUGCGAGCUGAAAUCAACUCCGGCAAUGAAAACGGAACAAUGAUUCAAAACAUGAUCAAGGAGGGCAAGAUUGUCCCCGCGGAAGUGACUGUAAAGCUGCUUGAAAAGGCCAUGAAGGAGAGUGAUAAUGACAAGUUUCUCAUAGACGGGUUUCCCCGUAACCUAGAUAACCGGAGGUGCUUCGACGAAGUGACUGGCAUCGAGCCGCAGUUUAUUCUGUUCUUCGAAUGUCCAGAGGAAGUGAUGGAGAAACGUCUUUUGGGCCGCAACCAGGGCCGGGUUGAUGAUAACAUUGAGACCAUCCGCAAGAGAUUUAAGGUGUUUAUUGAAUCUAGUCUACCUGUUGUGAGCCACUACGAGGAAUGCGGCAAAGUUCACAAGAUUGAUGCCACAAAAAACCCAGACGAAGUGUUUGAGACGAUUAAACCGCUAUUUCAAAACUUCAAGCAGGUGAGACCGUUAGUUUGGUCUAUGAAAGAUUCUGGGAUCGAAGGAGAGCUAGUUGAAGCGAUUAAGAAACACAAUCUUGUGGACACUCCAGUUCCCAUUUCAGUUUAGAAACCUCAGGUUUGUCGUCUAUUUCUACCUCAGGACAAGGGCUUUUCUUGGUUAUUGCUGUAUCAUUAUCCACGUCUACAUGGAGAGCAACAAUCAGACAGGCUCUUUUCAACCAUUCUUUCGUGUUUCCGUAUGUAGCACUGAUUGGUUCCAACACUCACGACGCUCCCCUCUUUGUGUUUGUCGACCAUAUUUACUUUCUCACUACGAGCAUGUCUUAGCAAUUAGUAUGGAAGAGGAACUAUCACGAGUUUAUGAAUAAAUUCUUUUUAGGCUCCCAAUUUUGGUGUUA